GAGGAAAGCACGCACGCGCUUAUUUUCCGUUUCGUUUCUACACACAGGAGCAGUAAACGGAGGAGUUCUGUGAGUACACACGCUACGUUCCCAGGAUGGCCUUGUGACUCCUAUAUCGGCUGUGCAUCAACAAAACCCUGCCGAGAACAUAUUGGUGGAAGAAAAAACAUAGACUGAUACAAGUCAUGGCUCGUGACAUUGUGGCAAACAAGGAUGUCGCAUUUGUGAUUUUGCAGAAGAAGAUCCAGUCUGCAAAAACCCCUGAGGAAAAAGAAAGAUAUGAGAAGGAAAGGUUUGACCUUAUGCAGGGAAGAGAGCUGGUCAUAAAAUCCAUGAAUCAAAUCGUGACAAAGUGCACAAACUCCCCUGAAGAAUUUGAAAAGAUUUUGCACGGAAAGAGCAAAGCCCACGGAACCCGGGAAUAUAAGGAAGUUGCUGAGCACUACAAAGAAAAGUGCUUUAACUGGCAUGAGACAAAGUAUCACUCUGCGAUGGAGCACCUUUAUCUCUUUGCUAACUUGCUUGAGGAGAAAGUUUCAGUUGAAAGGAUUAAGAGUGCAAUUGAUGAAGUGGGUGAGGAAAUGAAAACCAAAAUGGAAAACGAAAAAGAACAAGGACAGGAAAAAGAUUAAUACUGAAAAUGGAGAAGAAUAGGAGUUGGACAUGUCAAGAAUGAAUGAAAUGAAAUGAUUGAUUUUUUUUUGUUUGUUUUUUUCAAUUAAUAUACGGCAAGAGAGGCUAUAAAGACUGCUGUUUCAUAUUACUAAAUACCUUUUAAACAAACUUAUCACUACAUGUGGUCUUAGUGGGAUCUUAUGAUUAUGUUGUGUUUCUUCAGUUUGUCUGACCAAGUUUCUCAUAUAUCUUCUGGGAUAUUUUUAAGUUUUCAAUGAGAAUUUUUUUCGGAUUUUUUUAUUUUAUUUUCUCUUAUAAUGCCUGUGAGCUGUCAAAUGUCUUUCUACAUAACUAAUGCAUUAGAAUCCUCAAUGAAUAACUGGAGACGUGUAAAAGUCUUAGUCAAUCUUAAGAAUUCUCAAAGUUUAAUAAAGUAAACCUUGAUUUACUUAAA